CUGUUUCAGUCAUCAGCAGUUCCAACAGGAUGGCUUCACCCAACUGGACUUAUGUCUUCCAAAGUAAAAUACAAAAGCUCCAACGAGGAGACACCUGGAGGCUGGAGUUUGAUGAUUCUAUUGUAGCAGAAUCCCCCGCCCAGGAAUGGAAGAAAUAUAUCAGGAACACCACCGCACGGUUCAAAUGCAGUAAAUGUGGAAGAGGAUGGCCUUCUAACCGUGUGAUGGUCCUCUUCCACAUGCAGCUGAGAUGUGGACAGGGAACCGUCAAAGUGAGGCUCUUCCGCCAAAACUGCAAGCUUUGCUCCGACGCCCCAAUGGAGAAGCCGGUGAUCACCAGCCAGAAUACUGAAGUCCUCCUGGACAAACUGAUGGAGAAGAUCAGAAUCAAGUGCUACAAUGAACCCCCCACCAACAGAAACAGGCCAUUUGAGAGAGUUAAUGUCCAAAGUCCACACGAACCGGACCACUGUGAGGGCUGUAUUCUUGGUGUCUGCACAAAGGAAUGAGUCCGCUGAUGGUGUUGAUGUUGUUGUCUUAACUGGUAUUUAUGAGUGGGCGUUUCAUUGGUUUAAGAAA